AUGGUUCACUUGUCGGAUUACCGGUCAUCUAGCAAGAUACUUAAAGUCAGUUUGCAGAAGCGUAGUCGAGAAUUUGUGCUUGAAAAUUCGCUUCAUGUUAUACCAUACUUACUUGAUCCUACGAAAAAAAUUUUCGAAAGAAUUUGGUGGCUUACAGUAUUUACUAUUUCUGUAUUGGCUGCAAUUUUAUCAAUUAUUUUAAUAUGGAAUAAAUUUCGAUCUUCUCCAACAUUGACGUACCUUUACAUCGAUACAGAAAAUACCGUAAUUAAAUUUCCAAAUUUUUAUCUUUGCUUCGGCGAUUCAUACCUGAAUUUCACAACUUUUAACUUUAAUUCGAAACAGAGAAAUGCUCUUCGAUCUUUAUAUAAAUGGAAAGACAUAAAUUUAUUUCCUGACAAUGAAGAGUUGAAAAAUAUUGAUUUAGAAAAAUUAUUUUUGAAAUUAACACCCGAGUGUGGUGAUUUUUUUAAUGAAUGUCAAUUUGGGAAUGUUCCAUUUUUAUGCGGUGAUUUAUUAACGAAUAAAGUAUCUACGGCCAACGGAAUUUGUUGCGAAUUAAAGAAUAAAACAGUUUAUAAAGCUGAUCGAUUUUGGAAUUUUAAAUUCCGCCCACGACAGUAUCCGAUAAGUUUUUUUAUUAGUGGAAAGUAUGAACUUCCUCCUUUUUAUGGCCAUUUAGUAAAUUACAAUAUUACUGGCACGACAUCGAUCGAAUUAAGCCUAACCAUCACAUCUACGUCAGGCAGUGUUCAAUUUUUACCACAAAGUCAACGUAAGUGUGUUUUUGAAGGUGAAAGCUCGGAAUACACGGAUUGCGAGAAUACACAAUAUAGGGCCAAAAUGAAAGCAAAUUGCGGAUGUGUUCCUUGGUUUGACGCAAGCAGUUUGCUUGACGUCUGUUCGAUUAACGAGUAUAAAUGUUUAUUGGAAUUUUUUACGCGCGAGCUUUCAACAAGUAACUGCUAUGUACCUUGUGAAAAUACCGCUUACACGUACGAAAAAUUUGAUCUUAGUACUUUAACUGUUCGUCCCAGUGAGAUAAAUAUUAAAAAAUGGCCAGUCGUACGUUUUCGUCGCGUUACGAGAUUUGGUUGGCUGGAUCUAGUUGCUUCUUUUGGUGGCAUCGCUGGCUUCUUUACUGGUUACUCAAUUAUUGCAACCUUUGAAUUCGUAUAUUAUUUUACAUUGCACGUUUAUUGCGGCGCUGUGUUAGCUGUACCAAAAAUACGAUUCAAUGUGCGUCCAAAAUAUCAAUAA